UCGAGACAUGACCACAAAACCGCAGCUUAAAUGCUUGCUUUACUAACAAUGUAUUUAACACAACAGUAACAUAACAUUAAUAUAAUAAAAUACAUAACCAGAUCUUGGUUACAUAAUAUUAUCACACACUUUACAUCAUGUCAUCAUUUUCAUUAGGUCACAAAACAUGUCAAGUUUGCAGAAUACAGUGUAAUUCUUCAUGCACAAAUUGCAGAAAAGUUUCCUACUGUUCCCGUGCUCAUCAGAAGAAAGACUGGAAAUCUCACAAAAGUGAUUGCUUCCCAUGGGUAAUUUCUGAGCACAAAUUAUUCGGACGUUAUUUAACCGCAUCUCGUCCCAUUACCGGAGGAGAACUUAUCUUAAAAGAAAAUGCCAUAUUUUCCGGUCCCGGUGGGUUCGGAGAGCUCAAAUUGUGCUUAAUUUGUUAUGGACUGAUUGACGACGAAUAUUGUGCAAAAUGUGGAUGGCCAGUGCAUGCAAAAUGUGAGAAGAGUUCGUCAGUUCAUGCGGAAAAUGAGUGCCCAAUUUUUCAGAGAAACAGAAUAUUGCUGUCCUGCAGGGAAGACAAUAUUUACGAGAAAAUGUUAGUUUUACGCGGUUGCCUAAUCAAACUUCGCGACCCGUUUAAAUGGUCGCUUCUUGUGCAGCUUGAAUCUCAUAAGGAUGCCCGAUUCGAGAACGCCGGUGCUCUAAUUAGCAGGAAAAAUUGUGAUUUUAUUCUUAAAAGGUGCGCCUUAUCCCCACAACUCACCGAGGCCGAAGUAGAUCACAUCCUCGGCGUAAUUAUUGUCAAUGCAUACGUCACCGAAGACAACGUUUCGACUAGUCCGGACUUCCAAGUUGGCUGUUUCGUCUUCUCAAAAGGCUCAAUGCCGGCCCAUUCCUGUCUGCCAAACUGCAAAUGGACCAUUAUCCAGGGCGUCCUAAAUCUCCGGGCAUUAACCGAUAUACCGAAGGGAGAAUCCUUAACUCACUGCUACUCAUACGGCGGCUGCGGAACCCUUGAACGGCAGAAGCACCUGCUCACCUCGAAAUUCUUUUUGUGCGGAUGUCCCCGAUGUUUAGAUCCGACCGAAAUGGGGUCCUACUUUUCCGCGAUAAAAUGCCCCUGUGGGGGCAACAUUGUUAGCAUGGAUACAACCAAGUUGGAUGCAUCGUGGGGGUGUACGAGAAGUAAUUGUCAAUACAAAACUAAUAUGACGCCAGAUGAUGUUACCAGAUUAAUUGAAACGUUGCGUGCCGCGCAUAAAAGCGCAAUUGGAGCGGGAAUAGAGCAAUCAACAGAUUUGGAAUGGCGAGCAACUUUGCGAAGAUUAGAAUCUCAUGUUACCCCUCUAUCGGGGAAAGUGCAUCCCAACCAUUUUUUACUUCACGAAGUAGAACAAGAUAUUCUCUGCAGGAUUUCAUGUUUUCUUGGAGAUGCAGAAAGUUAUUGAUCCAGAAUCGUCCUCGUUUGUGUUAAGCGUGGAAGACCAGGUGGCUCUAGCUCAGCGGGAAAUUGAACUAAGUCGGAAAUCAUUGGGAGUUUUGGACUUAAUAGCGCGGGGGAUGACGUCACAUAAGGGCAGGCAACUAUACUACUUGCAGCAAGGUUUAGGCAUUUUAAUCGCACAUCAAAUUCAACUACAGGAAAACAAUGCGGAGGGGGUUGACAAGGACAAACUUUACAAGAAUGUUUCUGAAUGGAAAAGUGUCCGGGAAAAUGGAUGGAAACUUUUGCAAUACGAGUCUCCAGCCAGAGAGGAAUACCUGAUGGGACAAUCCAUGGCAAUAAAUCAAGGCGAAUAGGAACACAAGGUUAAAGCCUUGUAUUUAGAAUUCCUUUUUAAUCUCACCCCAAGCUGUUAGGAAAUCAAUCAACAUCGUAUUCGUUAUUGGUUCCAAACUAUUAACCACUGCGAUUUUUGUAUUUACCUUUCCUAUGCUUGCAUAUUGGUACAUAUGCAAGAGUUAAACAUACCUAAUUUAUACAAUUUAGGUAAAUUAGUAUAUUUAUUCGCUACAUAUACAGAUAUAAUACUUGUAUUGAUAAAGUAAUUUUUAUCAGUAAUAAAUAGGUUACUCUAAACACAGCAACUGAUAUUAUACACAGGUUACAACUAAAUUUUGAAAUAUGUACAUAUUUGUAAGUUAUAAUUUAUACUUUUAUCACCCCGCAUAUUUUGGAAUUCUAAAUAUUCAUGUCUUACAAUCUACUGAAUUUAAAAGCUAUAGCACCACAACAUUUAUAAGUACGUUUCCAAAAUUUACGGUACACUAUGAAAUAGUGCCAGGCAAAUAAAUGUUUACACUCCAAGUA